AUGGAAGUGAUGGAAAUCGCUGGAAAAGAUCCACUAAGAGCUCCAAUAUCUCUUGCUCUAGACAAUAGAGGUGUAUGCGAACUCGAUCGAGUCGGUCUACAGAGACUUGGUCGAGCUAGACUUACAACGGGUAGAAAGAGGGUUCAGAGGUCACAGAGGGUACAAGAGGAACCUGAGGUGCUUGUUGCUGAUACAAUGGAUGUACCAGAGGGGAAUGGAAACCCUUUGGGCAAUGGACUCGGUCGAGCUAGGCAAACUCGACCGAUUGGUCAAGGAGAUGCUCCAAACCGCCACCAACAGAGACAAGGGAUUGUUCCACCACCAGUGCAGAACCACAACUUUGAGAUCAAGCUGGGAAUGAUCAACCUUGUCAGAACAAGAUGUUCCAUGGAUUGCCAACUGACAAAGCUCACCAAUGGGAGAAGAGCUUGCCCCAUGGCACAAUCACCACUUGGGAUGAAUGCAAGAAGGCCUUUCUUGCUAAGUUUUUCUCCACCGGUCGCACAGCCAAGCUUAGAGGAGAGAUAUCCAGCUUCAUCCAGCGAAACAAUGAGACAUUCGCAGAGGCUUGGGAGAGGUUCAAAGGGCUACACAAGUCAGUGCCCACACCAUGGAUUCAACAAUGAAUCACUACUCUCCACUCUUUAUAGAGGAUGCUUGCCUAGGUAUAGGGAGAUGCUAGACACAGCUAGCAAUGGGAACUUCCUCAACCAGGAUGUAGAUGAUGGCUGGCAACUUGUGGAGAACAUAGCUAACUCAAAUGGAAGCUAUGGAGAAGAGUAUGAUCGCACCAACCGGAGCUCGACCCACCACUCGAUCGAGUCAGACGAAAAGUUGAGAAAAGAUGUUAAGGCAUUGAAUGAGAAGUUGGAUAAGCUGAUCCUAGCUCAGUCCACAAUGAAGAAAGUCAACUUUGUGUCUGCUGAGGAGAUGGAACCAGUCCAAGAAGGGGAGGAUACACAAUUUGCUGAGGUGUGCUACAUGAGCAAUGGGCAAGGAGGUUACAACAAAGGAUACUAUAAUUACAAGUCCAACCCUGCCAUGUCAUACCGCAACACUGAUGUUGCUAACCCUCAGGACCAAGUAUAUCCUCAACAACAAGCAGCUCGAUCGAGUCAAGGCUUUCCCCACCAACCACCCCAGCCUGCACCUUCACAAGAGAAUGAGCUCAAGGCAAUGCUAAAGCAACUACUUCAAGGGCAAGCUGAUGGGGUAGUGGACACAAGCAAGAAGCUAGCUGAAAUAAACUCAAGAUCGAGAACCUCAACACAAGGGUUUACUCUCUGGAGAAUCAUGCUUCUUCUGUUGCUGCUGCUACAAAGCAAGGACAACUACCUGGUAAAGCUAUUCAGAACCCCAAGGAACAGUGCAAGGUCAUCUUCACUCAAGAAGGACUUGUUGAAGAAGAGGAUCAAGAAAGGCUCGAUCGAGUCAACUCUAGCUCGAUCGAGUCCGACCUCUUCUGUCCCAAACAUUUUGCUUGAUCCUUACCAACCGGUUGCCACUUCCUCGUCUCGCCUACUUAGUCAAGGUCACAAGGAAGUGAUUCACAAGUUCAGAAGAGAUCUCAGUGGGAUUGGAAUUGAGUUGCCUCCUAUGGAUAGCAUGAGUGAGGCAUUUGAUCAAAUGCAAAUGGUCAAGGAUGUUCUAGCCAACAGUGAUAAAGUUUCAGAGGUCCUACAAGAGUCUACUCAUCAGUUCAACCUGCUUACUUCACCCACCUUCCUACCAAAGGUCAAGGAUCAAGGGAAAUUCACUCUCCCUUGCACACUUGGGCAUCUUGAGCUUGACAAUGCCUUAGUGGAUUCUGGAGCAAGCAUCAAUCUGAUCUCUCUCUCCAUGGCAGAGAAGCUAGGCAUUGCUGGAGCCUUGCAGCGCCCUACUACUUCAAUCAUGUUUGGAGAUGCAACUUCUAAGUCUCCUCUUGGAGUGUUCAAGAACUAUCACUUGAAAAUUGGAGAAUGCAUCAUCCAAACUGAUCUCACUGUGAUGGAAAUGGAAGAAGAGAAGGAUCUACCUCUGUUAUUGGGAACCCCUUUCCUUAGUACAGUUGGCGCUUCAAUAGACUUUCACAAGCAAGAAGUGAUCCUUCACAAGGUUGUGAAGGAAAGGGUUGACAAAGAACCAAGAGUUGGGAAGGAUAAGGUUGAGAGAGGACCAAGGAUUGAGAAGCCACGUCUUGAGAGGGCUAGAGUUGAGAAACCACGUUCUGAUAGGCCACGAGCUGAUCGACUUGUUCAAGCCCCUUGUGUGCUUGAUGAAGAGAGCCUUCAAGCUUUGUUUGAUGAGCCACUAGGAAGGGCUCUAAAAGAAGGGGAGGAUGUAGCCUCUAAGGCAAGACCAGGGAUAAAAGAAAAGAUCCACCAGCUCAGGCCCCUUCAUCAAGCCAUCUCAGCUCACAAUGACUUUGUUCCCCACCAAGUUUGA